UCCUGCGGUCUUAAGCGGGGGAGUCAGGGUCCUCCUUCUCGCCGCUCUACUUCUGCGCAUGCGGACUCGUGGACUGUUCACCUCUAAUAGAGAUCUAUUGAAGGUAAAUUACGUCGAAGCGACUCGAGGAUCGCAGACUUUAUUUGGAAGAUAAGAAUGGCGAAAUGCAGUUCUUGGAAAAUGAAGAAAUGCCACUGCGAAACAAAUAAUUGCAUUAAAUCGGUUCUUGCUUGAUAUGCGACACUUGUAUCAGCCCGGGCCAACGCUGCGAUGGUGUCGCUCAUUCUUGUGGACCCCGUGAAGACGCCUGCCUUACCAUCGUUGGAAUGAACUCUUUAAGUGGCAGCGAUACCACCGAGACCCUGAAGACUUGUAUUGGGGCUGCGGACUGCUAUGCAGGUUCCAUCAGCAUCACCACCAACGCCGGGUUGCAUCUGGAGAGCAUUUCCAGCUGCUGUCAAUACGACCACUGCAACCGCUGGGAUCUGAAUUUGGCACCGAGAAAUAUCACUCCCAGUGGACUUGAGUGUCCUGUGUGUUUUAUGUUUGGUUCUGGUCGCUGUGAGGGAACUGAGUUUCUGAGGUGUGCGGGAUUGGCUAGUCACUGCAUCACCGUGUCUGGGAUGCUGAAUGCUGGCCUGCAGCCAUAGAAAUCACCUGGUUGGAGCAUCUUACCUGUCUUUCAAACCGAAGUCCUGCAGUCAUGAAACUUGUUUUUUUCCACCUUUUUGCUGCGCUGGUGGUUACAACAUAUGCGUUGGUUUGUGACUGCACCAAAGGGCCCGGGUGCAAUUCGGAUGGGACCUGCUCCGUUCCAGAGCUAACUGGUGUCUGCCUGACAAUGGCCCACGAGAACAACCUGGCAGGGACCAAAACAUCAGGGCUGUACAAAGCCUGCCAAUACGAUGCCCAAGCUUGCAGCGAAAAGGUCAUGUCAAUUACGGCAGAAAAAGGACUGUUUUGGAGGAGCAACACUGCAUGUUGCAAUCAAGACAACUGCAACACUGCUUCCAUCAGGGUCCCACCUAAGAACCUCACGCAGAAUGCCCAGAGAUGCCCUGCGUGUUUUACUUUUGCUUCCGAUCGCUGUGAAAAUACAGAGAGGCUGAGUUGCACAGGAGCCGAGAGUCACUGCAUCACUGUGUCCGGGAUGCUGAGUGCAGGAUCCGAACCAUUUUCCCCCUUCGCAGCUGCAGGCUGCAGCACGGCCACUGCUUGCUCCCUGCCCAUUCGUGCGGCCCUUUACUUGGAAAACAUGGCCUUCGUCUUCAACAAGGUCGUGUGCCACCCGGCGGUGAACGCCAGCAGCGGCGGCUCGUAGGGGAGCGAGCAGAAAAUUAUUUUGGAGAACAGCAUGUCUUGCUUUUGCAUGUUUGGCCUCGUUCCCUGCUGUGAAGGUCUUGAAUAAACUGGCAUGAAAAUCG